AUGGCGGAUAAUCUAAUACAUGACAUAGCAAUCGUACAUCUUUCCGAACCACUCGAUCUCGGAAUGAAUUUGUAUCUUGCACGAACGUGUCGACCACCUCGAUUAGAACGACCAGAAGAUGCAAUGGACUAUCCAUCGAAUGGUACCACUCUAAUUGUCACCGGAUGGGAUCAUUUCUCAGAUGGAAACGACGUACUCGAUGAACUGCAACAAGUGACAAUCUAUUCUAUUCAUCAUAAUCAGUCGACAUGUGCCAAUACAAUUCAUAACAAUCUAAUGCAAUUCUGCGCUGGAAUCUAUGACAGUAGUAACAAUGAUAGUAACAAUGGUCCUUGUUUCGGAGAUUCUGGUGCGCCAAUUUUUCGAUGGAUUGGCAACCGUUGGGAACAAAUGGGUCUUGUUUCAUACGCGAAAGGCAGUUGUGGAUCUCCUGAUUACCAGACUGUUUUCACUCGAUUGGCAUCCUACAACAACUGGAUCGAUUUGAUUGUGUUCGAUAAUAACACUCGACCUACGGUGACAUAUAGAUGUGAUAAAUAUUCAUCUUGUGGGUGUGGCUAUAAUGAUGUUGAGUUCACUUCAUCGAGAAUUGUUGGCGGUGAAGAGGCAGUACCCUACAGCUGGUCAAUGAUGGUUUCUAUUCGAGAUCGUUUUACCAAUAAUCAUUUUUGCGGUGGUUCGAUUCUUUCGGAUUCUUAUAUUCUCACAGCUGCUCAUUGUGUCGAUGACAAACCAUCAACUAGAAUACAGAUUGCCGCUGGUAUUCAUAAUAAAUACUAUUCAUAUCCUGUAAUUCGUGAAGUUGAUCAGAUCUAUAUUCAUCCGGGCUGGUCAUCGUUAUCGAGUGAACAUCGAAAUGAUAUCGCAAUUUUACAUUUAGCACAACCAUUCGACUUCACGAUAAAUCUGUUGAUAAAACAGACCUGUGUGCCAAAUGUUACCUUGCCUACACAUGUUCAAGACUAUCCACCCAAUGGUACACGUUUAGUCGCAAUCGGCUGGGGCAAUAUAAACUCGAGCUUAUAUGAUAAUUCAUCGAAUAAUCUUCAUCAAGUUCAAAUAUUUUUAAUCGAUAAUACUGAUCCAAUUUGUAAUAAGUCAAUUUUAGACAUAGAAACACAAUUUUGUGCUGCACUCUACGAAGAUGGCAAAGGUACUUGUCAAGGUGAUGAUGGUGGACCAAUUCUACAAUGGCUGGGCAAUCGAUGGGAACAAGUAGGUAUAACAAGUUAUAGUGAAGGAUGUAGUCUUGCAGAUAGUACGAUUGGUAUACGUCCACGUCCACCGACCACAACUAGUCCACCGACCACAACUAGUGAUGGGAAGAAAAAUGAUCAAAAUGUUUUUGCUAUUGGAAUAUUUCUUCUAUGUUUUACCAUACAAGUAACGCUCAUCUAA